AUAGAAUUAAAAAAGUUUUAUAUACUCAUUACCAUAUAAAUUACCAAUAUAAAAUUGCACGAUUAAAAUACCUAUAAAAUUCAUCAAACCAUAUAUAGAAUGCAUUUGCUUAGCUUGUUUCGACAUUGUCACUGCUGAUGCUCAGAUAUAAUGCUUUGCAAGUUCUAUUUUUGCGCAAGCACAAUAUAAUUAUUUUAAAAAAAUUGGUGUGCACUUUAUUCAAUCGAAAAAAGUGUCGUAAUAAAUUAGACAUUAUUCAAUUUUUCAAUGUAUGUAUUACCCGUUUUUAUUAUGUAUAUAAUAUAUCUUAUACUACAUAUUAAUGUAUAUGUACUCUACGAGAUAUAAUGUAGUUAUAUUUUUCCACCAUUCAAUUGAGAAUUUUAUAAAUGCAUUCGUAGCUCGUUUCAUAUCAUUGUCUAUCGAUAGUAUAUUUCAAUAUUUUAGCUUUUUCUAAAAUAUUAGAUUCUUAAAUAUUAGAAAAUUUAUCGCUAAUGCUAACAAUCGAGAUGUUAGUUGCUAAGUACAGGUAAUCUUAAACAAAUGUGUAAAACAUUAUAUCCGAGUGUCAGUGGUGAUAAAGAAAGAAGAGAAAAGCUAGAGAAAUACACUCUAUGUACAGAUUGAUAAAUUUAAACCAACCAAGACAUAUUUUAAUAUUUUUAUUUAGAAUGCAAAGAAACUUGACCACAAGCAGUUUAUUUCACAAAUAGCAAGGUAUAUACUCUGCUCCAUAAGAGAGUGAUAUAGAUCAGUAUUUGGAGUUAUAUUUUCGAAAUGAUUUUCAUAGUUGAUGUCCACUAACUUUUCCUUGCUGUUCACCCAUCUGUCAGAUUUUUUCUUAGGACAGUAAACAAACAGUAACAUCGACUGUAAUGCCAAUGUCGAUGCAUUUAUGUCCACGUAUAUGCUGUUUAAUAAAUAACGCAUAUAACUGCUAUUUUUCUUCUACUUUACUAUAAAGUUACGUAGACCAAGAUUAUUAUUCUCUUAUCAAACAGAGUAUACUUUACGAUGCAAUAACUUUGUAGUUGUAAUUGUAAUUUUUAUUAUAAUCAUGUGUUUACUGUAACGAUAUUAAUGUGUUUACUGUAAUAAUAUUAAUGUCAGUAAUCACAUAACUGCUGUGUAUUACAUAUUGUUAAAUAUAGACAUAUUGUUAAGAAAACGGUAUUGUAAUGAGUGAAUAUUAGUGUAUUCGUAAUAAAGUCAUAACUCUUUACAAAUGCACAUUCAUUUUUUUGGUACUUAUUUGAUGAUGUAGUAUUUUCAAACACUUUAUUAUGUCCAAGUGGAACUUGUUUGUAAAACAUCAUAAUAUCGAAAUAAAUGCAGAUUAAAAAGCAACAGCUUAUAGUCCUUCUUUUAGAAUUGAUAUGCCAAGCUCGUUAUACUCGUUAUUUUUACUUCGACUUAUACUUACAUACAUAAAUUUUAAAACUGUCACAUACUAGUGUGAAUUUUAUAACGGAUAUAAGUAAUUUCAAAUUGUUUAAAAUUCGAAUCUCAUGUACCUACUUGCGAUAGCUUUUCCGACAAGGUUGAUUGUGCGUAAUGUGUCGAGACAACACAGUCGCUAUAGCAACAAUUAGUACCAAACAAUAAAGUGUUUUGUAUUGUUACGUACUCAUGUUAGGUAUAAUAGUAUUCUUACGACAGCUAUUAUCAAAUAAUGCGCACAUUAAAAUUGGUAAUAAUAGGACCGACUGAGAGCGGAAAGACCACGAUAGCAAAUUUUUUGGCAGAUGCUACGGAAAUUCCAUAUGAUUAUCAUCCAACUCAAGGAGUUCGGAUAUUGGAGUUUGAAACGGAUGACAUCGAAGUGAAUAAUGAACGCGUUUCGAGAGAUAUCGAACUAUGGGAUUGCAGUGGAAAUCACAAAUUCAAAAAUUGUUGGCCAGCAAUGCGUAAAGACGUACACGGCAUAAUACUUGUAUAUAGCGCAAAAAGGCAAAAUUCUUUGAAAGAGCUGAAAGAAUUUUACGAUUAUUUUGUUAACGGCCCCAAAUUAGGGCCAAAUAGUUGUGUAAUAUUUUACUUUGAUCCUGAUAACGCUACAUCGAGUACGUCAAAAAUUAUUUCAUCUAGCUUCUCUCAUGUCUCUCAUGUCAAGUGCAACGUGGAUAAUAAUGGGGAUCAAUUAAAAGCUGAUUUUCAACUGUUUCUAAGUGCCCUAAUAAGAAAAAUGCACGAUGAUAAAGAAGAAAAACUGAUAUUAAGUGACAAUAUAUUAUUUGCUAAAUAA